CUUUCUUCUUCUUCUUCUUCUUUUGUCGGAUUUGAGUUUUUCAGAUCCAGAGGAUCCGUCAUCGUCAUCGUCCUCUUUCUUCUUCUUCUUCUUCUUUUUAUCAGAUUUUUCCUCCUUUUUCGUGUUUUUCUUUUUGUCAAGCUGUUUCUUUUCCAUUUCUUCCCGUUCCCUUUCUUCCCGUUCCUUUGCUUCCCGUUCCUUUUCUUGCCUUUCCUUCUCUUGUCGUUCCUGUUCUCGUCUUUCCUGUUCUUGUCUUUCCCGUUCUUGCCUUUCCUUUUCUAUUUUGGCGGCCAAAACAGCAGCUUUAGCGGCGGCAACAGCCGACGCAAUUAUCGCACGACCAGAUCGGAAUCCUCCCGCAUCGUGGACCUCGUCUUCUCCAGCAAUGCAGACAUAGGGUAAUUCCAGAGCACAACUGGACGGGGAAGGGUGACACGUAUCGAUGACCGCCAUGACGUGAACUCCAGAGGGGACUAGUCUUAUAAAUGAAGCAUAGARUUCGUCGUCUUCAAUUACCCCCUGUUGAUGGUAAUCGCUAGGAGCUAGUAAUUCGUGUGGAAUCGUAUUCUCGUCCUCCGCGUACUCCUCGUCAUUUAAUACUCGUCCUCCGUGGCCUAAUCCAUUUUGAAAGGUGUUCGGAGGUAGGGAAGACAGAGAAAUAGAUGUUAUCAGAACGAUGCUACUGCCUAGACGACGAAUUGAUUUCCUGUGCAGCAAACAGGCAGGUCCACCGAGAUCGUACUCACCAGAAAAAUGAACAAAAAUUGUAUCUCCGGGCUUGCUAAUUGCGCACAGUCUUUUCAAACAGUCCAAGAUGAAUUGUUUCGACGGUUCGUGRUGCCGUCCUCCAUCAUCCAUCACAACUAGAACGUUGUUUUUUUGAAACCCUGCUUCAUGGAUCAAAUACUCCCGSAUUUUCCGUACAUCAUCUUGGCACGAGGAGAGCAUCGCGUCUUCGUCGUAGUGCGCAAUGUAAUGGAUCCCUAUCAGCAGGGCGCGCUUCACGCCUCGCCUCGAGGAUGAAGCAAUCUGCAUUGGCUGGUCUCUCACAGCGAUUGGUCGGCUCGUGGAAAGCAUCGGCACGUACGUUUUAUAGCCUCUCUCAUUUUGAAUUUCUUCUUGCAUGACAUCGAGCGCAYCACCCCAGGAUAUAGUCGACGACGCUCCAUUGCCGUUCUCUUUCAGGACAUUGAGCAAUGCAUAAGCGCAUAGACCACCGCUAGAUGGUUUUCCUCGCAAAGAGCUUUCCGGUAUAUCGUAUUCGUCCGGWUCAGAUAGUACUGGGUUCGUUUCUUUGUACUCUUCCGAAUUGAUGAGAGAAAAUAUAUAAAACGUCCCAGGAAUUUCUUCUUCUAUUUGAUCAUCGUAAAUGCUGUUUGCCAUGGUGUAUAUUUAUGCACUUUUUAUGCUUAAUUCGCUGGAUCCUUGAUUGGUCGAUUGAUGACUMUUCGUUCCCCAAAUUCCCUUAAAAGUCAGCGUUACCACWGGUGCGUGAACCAAUUUCCUGCUGCCGAUGACAAUCUAUUAUUUGAUACAGACGGCUGCAAUCAAAUCUAAAAAUCAAGUCCCUAGAAACGCUUAGUGUGAGAACAACAAGAUURUCCCUUCGACGGCAGUAUGUGGUUCGAGUUAUUCGCGAGGUAUGUCAUCAAACCGACAUUGAUCACUGUUUUCUGAUCCAAAUUUUUGCUUUCUGAGAUACAGUAGAUUUUAAAAGAGACGACGUUCUCAACAAUUCAUGUCAUGGAAUAAGAAAGGUACGAGUUACUACUUCUACUAAGAAGCAUUGAAGAACAAGUACAUAAAACGGUACAGUGGUACACCUUCAUACUUGACAGUCCAAAAGAUGCAAGUACGGUUCGGUUGGUAAUCGUACUGUAACGGACUGAAAAAUACGGUUCUACGGUACGGUAAGUCUUGCCAGAAACACUGAAAGGCAUAAUGACUUUUUGUGUCCACCAUAAUGUUCCGGAGCGUAAAGUGAUUGUACGUACGAGUACGUACUCGUACGGAGGGGUCAUACAGUGAUAGGAGGGAGCGCAACGAAUCGAAAAUUCCACGUGUGGUCCAAAUUUCCGAGGGCCCAGAAGUCAGCCCAGGUUUUUUUUUGUAGAUGGUAGUGUUGGAUUCCUUAGGAAAUACCAAUUCUAUAGCUCGGAGUUCACAUUGAAUGUUGCCGUGGUAUUCACGGAGGUUGAGUCUGGUGUGGUGGGAGUUUGUUGUUCUUGUAGGCGUUCUGGUGACAAGGUAUCUCCCCAUUGGUGAUGUGUGAGGGUUCCUGGGGUUUCUGCUAGUAGUUCUGCCUGAUGUGCGGUGACCACUGGUGGGAGUAGUCCUCUUUUGAUGGGGUUUUGGCAUGUUCAGUGAACAAUGGUGGUGUUGGGCUGUGCUGUUUUCGAACUCAAUUUAUGUGUUUUUGUUGUGGUAGUAACUGCCUGUUUUUGGCAGGUUUUGGAGUGAAUUGUUUUUAGUAUUCACUUCUGUGUGUGUAUGAUUGCUGUUGGAUUGCCAUUGGUGUUGACAAUUUGAGUGAGUGUGGUGGUUGCUUCGAGUGAGUAUCAUGGUAUCUUCGAGUGAGUGUCAUGGUAUCACUUUGAGUGAGUAUGAUAUCACUCCUUCGAGUGAGUAUACUGUGGUGACAUCUUAUGUGUCACUUGUUGCCGCAUCGUAGGAUUGCUACGUGUUUGUAGGGCCCAGUGAUGGAAGAAAAUUCCCUUUUUCUUGGGUUGCAAGGGUCCGAUGUCGGUCUCUUGUUGUGGGUACUAUGGUGGCGCCCAUUCCAGUUGCGUUAGUAGUUUGUGUUGUCCAUUUGGAUGAUGGUGUUACUAUUACUAGUGUGUGGUUGAUGAGGUUGAGGUAUGUUCUUUGUUGCUCAUAACNUACUAAGAAGCAUUGAAGAACAAGUACAUAAAACGGUACAGUGGUACACCUUCAUACUUGACAGUCCAAAAGAUGCAAGUACGGUUCGGUUGGUACUCGUACUGUAACGGCCUGAAAAAUACGCUACUACGGUACGGUAAGUCUUGCCAAAAACACAGAAAGGCAGAAUGACUUUUUGUGUCCACCAUAAUGUUCCGGAGCGUAAAGUGAUUGUACGUACUCGUACGGAGGGGUCAUACAGUAUUAGGAGGGAGCGCAACGAAUCGAAAAUUCCACGUGUGGUCCAAAUUUCCGAGGGCCCAGAAGUCAGCCCAGGUUUUUUUUCAUCACAAUUUUACUGCAAAAUGUGUCCUUGUUGGGGAAUGAAGGGUUGCCCUCUGUGACCAAUGUGACAUCAGUAAGUAGGGAGUGCAGAGCCUUCCUGGCAGAACUGGCAUAUGUUUGUUUUUUGACCGCAACCAGAUGGAUGAACUGGUGAGGCUUUGAAACACCAGUCAACAACAACAUGCUCAAACAACUCCUCACCACCACCAUUGUUGUUGAGGAUUUCUGGGACAGGCUUGUGUAAUUCUUUCAUUACUGAUUUGUGUGUUUUGUGUGGUGCCCAAAAACCAGCAACAGGAAAUCAUUCUGUCGCAUGUUUUGGUUGGGCUGCUCUUCCAUCUCAGAGCUGCCAACAGCAACAUAUGAAGCAAGCACAUCUACUAAUAGUACUAACACCACGGGCUCAACCACCACUGGUAAGAAAGUGGAGGGCAGCCUGCAACUCCACCAAUGGGGAAUAUUCUCAAGGCCUACAUUUACACUCCGCUGUACUGUUUCUUCAUUCAAUUCAACAUUAUAUAGCUUGUUGACUUGGGCAACAAGCUGCACCAUGUUGGUCAUGUUCACAAGUGAAUUCUCAUGCUUAAUUUUCUUUGUAAUGUCCAUGGCUGUACUGUGUUCAUUGGCAAAUCUUUGUUGUAGGUCUGCCAGUGCCAGAUCUAUGGAGUCGAGGGAAUUGUCGUCCUUGUUGUCAUUGUUGUUGUGAUGUGUUGCGGUGGUGUCCUCUGUCCGUGAUGGUGUAGUGCUUGUCGCACGAAGGUGUGGAGGUGGUCGUGAGAUACGGUGUUCAGUGAUGGAUUCCAGUGGGGUGGAUUGGUCCAGGGGAAGCUUGGUGUCCAUGUAGUUAAUAAAUUCUUCACUGUAUUGAUAACAAAGUAGUGAACGAGAUGGUGUAUCUGUUGGAGGGGGGAUGGAGAAGUGGUUUCUGUGGAUGAGUUGGGUUAGAUUUUCACCCAGUGCUGUAAUUUUGUCUCUGUCUUUGAGUGUGGUGGUGUGGAUUACACUCAAGUGUGCAGAGUAUGUUGUUGGUGAUGGGGGUGUUUGUGGUUUAAAUGGGAACAAGUCCGUGUUGUAAAUGGUAGUGUUGGAUUCCUUAGGAAAUACCAAUCCUAUAGCUCGGAGUUCACGUUGAAUGUUGCCGUGGUAUUCACGGAGGUUGAGUCUGGUGUGAUGGGAGUUUGUUGUUCUUGUAGGCGUUCUGGUGACAAGGUAUCUCCCCAUUGGUGAUGUGUGAGGGUUCCUGGGGUUUCUGCCAGUAGUUCUGCCUGAUGUGCGGUGACCACUAGUGGGAGUAGUCCUCUUUUGAUGGGGUUUCCGCAUGUUCAGUGGGCUGUGCUGUUUUCGAACUCAAUUUAUGUGUUUUUGUUGUGGUAACUGCCUGUUGUCGGCAGGUUUUGGAGUGAAUUGUUUUUAGUAUUCACUUCUGUGUUUGUAUGAUUGCUGUUGGAUUGCCAUUGGUGUUGACAAUUUGAGUGAGUGUGGUGGUUGCUUCGAGUGAGUAUCAUGGUAUCACUUUGAGUGAGUAUGAUAUCACUUCGAGUGAGUAUACUGUGGUGACAUCUUAUGUGUCACUCGUUGUCGCAUCAUAGGAUUGCUACAUGUUUGUUCUUGUAGGGCCCAGUGAUGGAAGAAAAUUCCCUUUUUCUUGGGUUGCGAGGGUCCGAUGUCGGUCUCUUGUUGUGGGUAUGGUGGCGCCCAUUCAAGUUGGUGCGUUAGUAGUUUGUGUUGUCCAUUUGGAUGAUGGUGUUACUAUUACUAGUGUGUGGUUGAUGAGGUUGAGGUAUGUUCUUUGUUGCUCAUAACCUGUGAAAUCUACGUAUGCUCUUUAGUGUCAUAACUACCUGUUUACAAUAAAGAGUGAGUGGUUGAGCGUUAUUUGCCCUCACUCACUAUCUACUCGUGAUUGCUUGCGUUUUACUGUGUUUUAGGGCUCACAACUAGUACUACUAGURGUACASGUACGAGGAGUACGUACUAGUUUGAYGUGGACACUUCGCCGAAGSUGAAAACAACGUAAGAUUAAAGAAUGAASCACUAAUUGAAAAAAGUUCCCGAGAACGAAAAAAUACUUCGGACCCUCCUACGAUUCGAACCAUACGGUACGGUACGGAAAAGUAACUCGUACAAAACUUCAUGUUCCAGAUCGCGAGUCAGUUGGGUUGGGGCAUAGGUAAAUAGGAAGAACGAAAAAUAAUAAAAAUAUCAUWAUUGCGGCGGAACGGAAUUAAAGUCCCACGUGUUGAACUGUCUGUAAUCGUACWGUACAAAUUCCCAAUUAAAGAGAUGAAGAAACGCUACCAGUGCAACAAAAAUUGAUGCAGGAAGCAGAAUAGAAGAUAAUUGUUUUUGUUGGCGUAAAAACUACUACUAUGUUGUACUGGUAUCACGAUGGCUAAUAGCGUAGUAGCGUAGUCGUACUCGUGCAAUUACAGUGCAUACGAGUAGCGUACGGUACGUACCUUACUCGCGCUCAUACGAGUACGAGUACUGGUACUACUCCACCCAAACAACUGCAUCUUUUUAUUGCACAUCCUCACGCCAUCGUGUASGGAUACCUCCGAUCACCACAAUUUCGCCUCUGAUGGCAAACGCUUUGCUACAGGUGGAUAGAGAAGAAAAUGAAGUUGUUGUACGUUUCUUUGAACCCUCCAUCCUAUUUCUCUUCUUUGCGUUGUUGUUGUAGCGUCACUAUCCGUUGGGCAUUGAACGUGCGCGAUAUCCCUCGUUGGGUAUGGUUUCGAAGAGAGAGGAUUUGAGAGCGAAURCCUUGGAUAGGAGGAGACGAGAAAGUUUUUGUUUUUCUGUAGAUGCAACGUAAAUAUCAUGGUUUGCGGGUAUCGUACAAAAACGCCUAAAACUUCAUUCGCGGGAUCGAAUUUUUACCGAUCCAAAAAAUUAUGCAUCAAUGAUAGAUACUCUACGGCACGGCUAGCGUAGAAAUUCCCCAAAUUCCUUAACCUCGAAAACAAGAGUGAURCGCGAACAACUUGGUCCAAACGAAUGGAAUAAACACGAUGUAUUUCUCACCAAACCUCCUUCUUAAUUCACUACUUUCUACCUUCUCUUUCUCAUAACAAUUCAUUUGCAAAAACUUCGCACGAUGGGAUUUUCGUUCCGACCGAAAAUAUCGCCAUCUUACAAUACAAACAAAAAUGGUGUACUUMUAUUUGAGAGCAGUAAAUUGAAGAAGAAACCGAGCRUGGGCGGGAAUGAGAGGAGCAGUGGCCUUCCUACGGCGUCGACAUCUAAGCGCCGAUCAUCAUCGCGCUCUGCUUCUUCYGGCGCAAGUUCCUUGAGAAUWCGAACUAGCUCGCUGAUGUCAUCACUUGGAACUGGUUCGCUGGGUCGAGAUGGGAAAGUAGUUUCCUUCGUUCCCAGUCCAAAAGCACGUUCGGCAUAUGGUUUCAGCAGCUUCUUUCCGUCUUCGGCUCCCACGCGAGACGCUGAAAUCUCUGGAACUAGACUUGAUUUCGACCAGGCACAACCCGUAAGCACAACGAGCAUGGCACCUUCUACCAAAUCGCGAAUCAUCGGCCGAUGUUGUUCGUUUUUGCGCGUCUCUGAUUUGGCAAUGGACGACGAAAGCGUAGCAGCGACAUCAGUUGCAUCCGAAAUUUCUUACAUCAACGAGAUGCAWGAGCAUACCCAUCGUCCAGUUGUGAACCCUCCACCAGGAAUCGAAAUCGACCCUAAAGAACGGUGGAUCGCCUUGUGUACAACAGCGGGCGAGACCGCAAACGACGUUUCCAACAAUGGCAGCAAUUCUGAGCAUACUCCGAUCGCUCCGAAGGCGGUAGAGAGCUUGGCAAAUUAUGGGAUGACUACAGCYCUUGACGAAUYYAUGUGGGUACCGGAUAGCAAGACCGAUAAACUCAUCAAGAAGGCUUCGGGUGGUAGUGAAUGGAUGAAACACACUUUCCACGAGGGUUUGGUUAAAGCAUCAUCUUUUUCUGACAUCUCUGCGAAAGACGUGUUAGUAUGGCAGGGUUCAUACAAACACGGACUUUUCGGGAGCGAAAUUCCUGCUAUACGGUCUGCUGGAAUUGUCAAUUCAUCGGCGAAAAAAAUGGUUGAAUUGCUGGUUGACUCGUCUCGGGURAAAGAAUAUAAUAAGAUCAGUCUGGGGCGAACMGAUAUCAUUACCUUCGACGGAAACUUUGAUGAAGAAGGACCGUUUGGCAAAUCAAUUACCAAAGUCAUGAAGUCCGAAAGCAAGCCACCCAUGAUGUCCCCUUUGUCUCUGACGUCGGUAUUACAUGCCAAGAAAAUUCCAAACGGGUCGGGCUAUCUCAUUGUCAAUCGUUCUGUUCAUCGUCCGGAAGACGAAACGGUUGCCUCGAGCAUGAAGACUGAGAUUGUUAUGGGAGUUAAUUUAUUCGUGGAUUUUGACGACAAUGCCCAUGAAUCUAAAAGUGGGGGGAUUGAAAGGUGUCUAAUGAUCAACGUGAAUCAUAUGAGAUCGCCUAUGGUUCCGAUGUACAUAGCGAAAAAAGUUGCAGUAACAUCGGCCCAUAAAUUCAURAACGAUAUCCGGGCAUUGGCAUAACAAAGUUGAGAUCAGCAUCUUGGAUUGUUUUGCGGUUGCUUGAAGUUGGAGACAUCUAAAUGCAUCGCUGUCUUUCAGAGCAACUAUUGAAGACAUAGAAUGUAAAUUAGAGCUAUUUUAAAAACAAAAAAAACUAUGCUAUCAAAAAAAUUGGAGUUCUGGAAGGUCAAAGAGCUAUUCUACAAGUUGUGCAAGAAAUAGUAUGACACGAAGAUGUAGAAAAAUGAAAAAACGAUAACAUGCUAGCUACCUUUCUCAUCUUUUGUAGAUCAAAUUAUGAUUCCUCCUUCGCCAUCUAUCAAUAUCCCGUUCUUGCCGCCCCCUGGGUCUUCCACCGAUGUGUUCAGUUCAAUUUUUGUGUCGRUGUUUUCUUCUUUCAUCAUUCGAAGUACAACUUGUGAUUUUGGGACCUCAUCUAUAACAAAAUUUUUCCCUAUCAUUUCUCGCCCCCUGGCACUUAAUGACAACAUUGAUUUUGAUUGGGAGAGCGGACGAAGUCGUUGUUUCGCGGGUCCACCAGUGGCAGCAGAGCUGGGUUUAGAGAUCGCCGAUGGCGUUGCCAUCAUUGACUCUCCAUUGCCUUGUCGUCUGCGUUCCGUACUGACAGAUCGUUUAGGUGGCCCUGUAAUGCCGCCACCACCGAGACGGCUUUUGAGUAUUUCUCCAAAAUAUCUUCGGCGUCGACCCGUAUUGGUUGUUCCUAGUGGGGGCAAUCCCUUUGGCUCUUCGAGUGUUUUGYUAGACACUUCCCUAGCAUCUUCUAUG